AUGGAGGUGGUCACUCAGGACCAGUUUCAGGCAGCCGCCUCUGUACCACCAUCAUUGUAUGAAGAGGCCAACAGGAACAAAAGGAGGAAGAAAGAUAAGUCUUCCCAGACGUGUUUGACCACCUUGAGGCAUCUACAUGAGGCUGAGAGUGAAUGGCGGUCUGGUCCUUCUUACUGGUCACUGACUGUGGAGCCUUAUGCUGGGGAGGACAUAUUGCUUAACACCAAUGACGUGACUGUGCACAGGUUAACAGAGGUAGCUAUGGGAAGGUACCUGGUGCUUGAAGUGACCAUCCAUUGUAGACGGCUCAGCUUCAUUAACAUCUACCGCCCACAGACAGUAGCUAAGAGAAUUCAGCUAUUUAAUGACAUGAAGCAGUACCUUUUUACCUCUAUACCUGUGGUAAUGGCAGGGGACUUUAAUGUUACUUUGUCACCAGGUGAUAGGUCCUGGAGCAGAGCGGUGGCCAGAGACUCCAGAGUCUUACAUAUCAUAAUACUGCAGACUGGCCUAAGUGAUGUUUUCACACAGGAUUGUAGGAAGCCAAACUUCACAUAUUCUUGUGCAGACAGGAGCAGUAGAAUAGACAUGGCGUUUAUGAAUCCUACAGAGACUGUUAGCUGGAUGAGUGAGAAGGUCGUCCCCUACUCUGACCACCUGGCUUUGGUUUUCUGCUUGGGAGCCACUAAACACUCUGAUAUUGAAAUGGGGGCCCUCUGGAUUGUGCUGUUUUGCCUGUGGGGUGCAUUAUUUUGUGAUAUUGGGACAGCAAGUCUGGUUGGAACACAAUUCAUCACAACCUUUCCGCAGUGUGGGAUACCAAACUUCAGUAGUCCAAAGAAGGAGAUUCGAAUAAGUGGCACUCAAGACAAUACAAAUGUUACUAUUGAAGUCAUUGGAGGAUCUUACUUGAAAACCAUACCUGUUGGAAGUAAAAUAACUAUCUCUGUGGUUCUACCGGAGUCUGCUGAAAUUAGAGGGAAUGUGAAAUUCACAAACACAGUCAAUAUAACCUCUAACUAUCCCAUUACUGUUCUUGCAUUCAAUUCAAGAUAUAGAAGUGCAGAGACAUCACUUGUAUAUCCAAACUCCGAACUAGGAACAGAGCAUUUUUUAGUAACACCUAAAACUGGUCCUCCAGGCUCUUUUAAAAUAUUUUCAGUCACUGCAUCGACUGAGGAAACUUCCGUUGAAAUUCACACCAAAGGUUCGGUCGAAGUCGAUGGUCAAAGAAAGGCAGCAAACAGUGUCUUCACUGUAAUUCUUCCACCCUUCCAUGGAAUCCAGAUGUUGAGUUCUGAUGAUCUGUCAGGUUCCCAGGUGAUUUCUAAACAUCCUGUGGUUGUAUUGAGUGGACACACCUGUGCCCAGAAGAACACCCGCUGUAACUAUGUCUAUGAACAGCUUUCUCCCGUUUCAAGCUGGGGGGCUAACUUUCUUGUUGUCCCACUAUCUUUUCAACAGAACGCAGACUUGGUCUAUGUUAUUGCAGCAGGUAAAACUGAAGUCAACUACUUUUUCAAUACAACUCAGAAAAAAGAAACCAUGGUGGCUGGCCAGGUGCUGGAAAUAGAAUUGUCAAAUAUACCAUUAAAAAUUGAAGCAAGUGAUGGUGUACAAGUCACCUUCUUCAACACAGGUGGAAGAGCCUGGAGGUUUGAAUAUGGCCCAUUCUUGAUGAAUAUUGUAGACCUUGACAGUUAUUGCAACUCAUACUACCUUUAUGGUCAGCGAGGCACUGACAACUAUGCAAUCUUCAUAGCUGAAAGUUCUUCAACGGCUGACAUUAGAUUUGAUGGAAGACCCCUCUAUAACCCACAAUGGACUGAAAUACCUGGAACAAGCUUCAGUUACUUUGAAUUCAAAUAUGGAAACAGUCUGACAUCUCACAAAGUUAAUCAUCCCAGUAAAAAAUUUGGUUUACUAAGUGUGGGCAUUGGGUCAACCUUUAGUUAUGGCUCUCCUGCUACAUGUGUGAAAGAUCCAGGUCCAUCCUGCAAAAAUACUCUGUGUCCUCCUCGGCAAGUUUGUGUCAUGGAGAGGGGAAAGCCAAAAUGUGUCAAACCACAGGUGGAUUUGUGCUGGGCAUCAGGAGAUCCACAUUUUCGUACAUGGGAUAAUGCAUACUUUGACUUCAUGGGCACAUGCACGUACACGUUUGCCACAGUGUGUGGAGAUGUCGGAGACCUUCCAAGGUUUACUGUUCAAAUAAAGAAUGAUAACAGGGGCAAUUUGCGGGUUUCCUAUGUGGGUCAGGUCACUGUCCUAACAGGACCCCACACGAUCGUAGCCAAGAAAGGAGAAUUUGGAUACAUUAGGGUGGAUAAUGCUCAUAAACAACUCCCUAUUUCUCUGUUGAAUGGGACACUGAAGCUUUUCCAGAGUGGGAACGCAGUAAUAAUGCAGCUCGGUAAUGACAUGCAGCUCUUAUAUGAUUGGAAUCAUUUACUAAUGGUGGAGAUUACUAGGCGUUAUGCUGGAAAAAUGUGUGGUAUGUGUGGAAACUAUAACCAAGAUCCAAAUGAUGACUUCCAGACACCCCAGGGAACUUCAGCUCCAAACACUAUUACCUUUGGUGCUAGUUGGAUGGUAGAAGACAACACUGUUUGUUGGCAUGACUGCCGUGGGCCUUGCUUGAGUUGUCCUUCAGAAUCUGCCAAAAAGUACUCAACUAUUGACUACUGUGGACUUAUCAAUGAAAACAAUGGUCCUUUCAGUGAGUGCCAUGCCAUUGUAGACCCCAAGAUGUACACUGAAAGUUGUAUAUUUGAUGUAUGUAUCAAUGACGGCUUCAAAAAGAUUUCCUGUGAGGCAGUCCAAUCCUAUGCUGAAACCUGUCAACGUGUGGGAGUGGCUAUUAAGGACUGGAGAACGGCUGCUGGAUGUCCCAUGCAGUGUCCUAAAGACAGUUCCUAUGAGCUAUGUGGCCGGGCAUGUCCAGCCACAUGUGAAAACCCUGAAGGUCCACCUCUCUGCACAGAGCCCUGUGUUGAGACUUGUCAAUGUAACUCAGGGUUUGUUUUAAGUGAAGGGAAAUGUAUACCUAAAGCAAGCUGUGGAUGUUCUUAUAAUGGAUUCAACUAUGCCCCCAAUCAGGCAUUUUGGAAUGAUACUGUAUGCCAACAAAGAUGUGUGUGCAAUAAGCAAACUCAGAGAGUCGAAUGCGUAAACAGCCCUUGCAGGGCCCAAGAAGAAUGUGCAGUUAGGAAUGGAAUCCUAAAUUGCUAUCCCCGAUCUUAUGGUGUGUGCUAUUCCUUUGGUGACCCACAUUACAUUAGCUUUGAUGGAACCAAGUUUGAAUUUCAAGGUACCUGUGUCUAUCAGCUCACCGGCGUGUGUAACAAGAAUAGUGGACUAAUAAAUUUUGAGGUCUGGGUUCAAAAUCAAAAUCGAGGUAACAUCAGAGUCUCUGACACAACAGUGGUCUACAUCAAAGUCUAUGACCUGGAGAUUGAGGCCAGUAGGCAGUAUCCAAAUAAAGUUAUGAUUAACAAAACUCUCAUAAAUCUGCCAUUUAGAUCCAAUGAUGGACGUUUUUCCUUCUAUCGCAACCCUCAUUCAGUCGAAUUCAUUUUUGACUUUGAACUUAAGGUCACAUUUGACUUUAACAAUAUUGUCAUGGUCAAGGUUCCUGGGAUUUAUGCCAAUGCUUUGUGUGGCCUUUGUGGCAAUUUUAAUGGAGUCCCCAGUGAUGAUCUGACACCCAAAGAGGGAACAAGGCCUACUGACCCCACUACAUUUGGAAAGAGCUGGAAGAUUCAGGAAGUAUACAGAUGUAGAGAUGAUGGGAAUGCUGUCUGUCCCGAAUUAUUGUCUGAAGAGAAAAGACAAAAAGAUGGAGCCAGUGAAUGUGGUGUCUUGCUGAGUCCGAAGGGGCCCUUCCGUGAUUGUCACUCACUAGUAGAUCCAGAACCUUACUUCAAGGGCUGUGUUUAUGAUUACUGCAUUCUACAGAAGCGCCAAGCCAUCUUCUGCUCAGUGAUGACAUCAUAUGUUAUGGCAUGCCAAGAAGCGGGGGGAAUUGUACAUCCCUGGCGGAGUCAAAACCUCUGUCCAUUCUCCUGUCCUGCUCAUAGCAGUUACGAGGUCUGUACUAAUGCUUGUCCUGUCACCUGCAAUGGUCUCUCCACCCCAGAAGGAUGUUAUGGAAAUUGCACAGAAGGUUGUGUGUGUAAUAAUGGAUUCCUUCUCAGUGGGGGGCUGUGUGCCCCUAUAUCUGAAUGUGGGUGCAAUUACAACGGGGUUUACUAUUCUGUUGGCGAGAACGUUUAUGUUGACGAUAAGUGUUUGGAGAAAUGUUCCUGUACUGAAGGUGGGAUCAUGACAUGCUCCCCAUCACAAUGCUCCACCUAUGAAGAAUGCCGGAUACAAAAUGGAGUUCUUGGCUGCUUCUCAAGUGGCUCUGCCACUUGCUCAACUACAGGGUAUUCCCAUUACAGGACAUUUGACAAUCAAACAUAUGACUUUGAUGGAAAUUGCUCCUACGUGCUUGCUCAGAGCUGCGGAGAAACAACAGCAAGAAGAAAUCUAACAACUUUCCGGGUGACUGUAAAACGUGAGAAGCAAGAUUCCAGUCCGGGAUCAAUCAGAAGCGUCACUAUAGAAGUAUAUCAAAUGAACCUGACCAUGCUGAACCACCAUGAAAAAGGUGUCAUACAGGUUAAUGGAGUGAACGUCAGACUUCCCGUUACACUGUUGUCUGGUUAUAUACGAGCUGAGAGUCAAGGUCAACGUAUUACUAUUAAUACAAAUUUUGGGUUUUCUGUGAGAUCUGACCUCCGCUCCUUUCUUUGCAUCACUGUGCCUAGUAACUACAAGGAUGGCACAUGUGGUCUGUGUGGCAACUACAAUGGACUUGCUGAAGAUGAUGUAGGCACAACACCAGUGGAAAUCAAUGCCGUUGGAAACAAGUGGAAAGUGCAUAUAGAUCCAGGAGAAAAAUGUGAUGGAUGUGGCAGCAGUGACAUCCCUUGCCCAUCAUGCCAAGAAGAAAAGAAGAAAAUAUUUUUACAAAAAAUUAAUUGUGGCAUCAUUAGUGAUCCUUCUGGUCCAUUUGCAAAGUGUCACUCCAAGGUGAACCCUGAAUCUUAUGUAAAGGACUGUGUUUCUGAUCUCUGCCAGUCCAAUGGAGAAGACAGCAGUGUUUUGUGCAACAGUGUCGCUGUUUAUGCCUAUGCUUGCAAGUAUGAAGGGGUUAAAGAUAUAACUUGGAGGACAGAAGAUUUUUGUCCUAUAAUAUGUGGACCUCACAGUCAUUUCUCAACUUGUGCCGAUAUGUCUUCUACCACCUGCGCUUCAAUCUACGAUACUUAUGAGUUUCCAGACCUGUGUGAUGAAGGCUGUGAAUGCAAUGAGGGCUAUCUAUUGGAUGGGAAAAACUGCAUACCCUUAGACCAAUGUGGAUGUUUUGACAAUGGUCGUUAUUACAAGGCUAAUGAAAUCGUGCUGAAUGAUGACUGCAGUCUAGAAUGUACCUGCAACCCACUCAUAGGGCUGAGCUGUCGUAACGCAAGCUGUGCUGCAGGAGACCAGUGCAAAAUUGUGGAUGGAGUGAGGUCUUGUGUCAACUCUGACCCUUGCAAGUCCAAAAGGUGUCGCACAAAGGAGAGCUGCCAGCUUCAAGAUGGCCUAGUACAUUGCAUACCUGAUUACACAGGCACGUGUUGGGCCUGGGGAGAUCCCCAUUUAAGUACCUUUGAUGGACAUACAUUUGACUUUCAAGGACCCUCCAGCUAUGUUCUCUCUCAGUACAGUGGUAAAGAUCCGACCCUGGAGCCAUUCAAGGUGGUUAUAACGAAUGACAACAGUAGAAGCCGAUCCGUGUCAUAUGUCAAGAGGGUAGAAAUCACUGUGUAUGAAAACACAAUUUCAACAACAGUGGGAGAAUUUCCACGGAUAAGAGUCAAUGAGGAAUUAACCAAUCUGCCUGCCAGUUUAGCUGAUGGAAAGUUGAAAGUGAGUCUUAGCGGGUUCACUGCCUCCGUGGAAGCUGAUUUUGGUCUGGUAGCUACUUUUGAUUGGAAAUGGUACUGCACAAUAAUACUUCCCAGUAGCUACUAUAAUUCUGUGUCUGGUUUGUGUGGGAACUUCAACCAAGAUCCAAAGGAUGAUCAAGAAUCUCCUAACGGAACCUUGGUCACGCCAAUUGUAGACUGGACAGUUUCAUGGGAAGUCAAUGAUCAACAUCCAUUCAUUGUUGACCAUUGUCCAGGCGAAUGUGCAACCUGUGAUGAAGCAAAAAAACAACAGUACGGCAGUGACGACAACUGCGGGCUCAUUUUGAGAGAGAAUGGACCUUUCCGAGAUUGUGUCUCCAAAGUCAAUCCAACCAAGUUCUUUGAUGCUUGCCUCUUUGACGUUUGUAAGACUGGUGGGGCUAAGAACAUCCUUUGCCAAUCAUUAGAGAUUUAUGCAGCUGCUUGCCUGAACCAAGGAGUCAAGCUUUUUGACUGGCGAAUGAUUUCCAAUUGCCCCAAAACAUGUCAGGAUAAGAAUAGUCAUUAUAAUGCUUGUGGAAAUGCCUGUCCAGCUAGCUGUUUUAACAAAACUGCGCCAGAGAAAUGCACAAAACCUUGUGUAGAAACCUGUGAUUGUAACAACGGCAUGAUCUUCAGUGGUGACAAAUGUGUGCCCAUCUCCAGCUGUGGAUGCCGAUAUGACGGACGAUAUUAUGACCCUGGCCAGUCCUGGUACAAUAAAAAAUGCAGCAUCCAGUGUAAGUGUGACUCGGUUCUUGGAAUUGUGGUCUGUGAAGAAGCUAAAUGCAAAGACAGUGAGACUUGCAUGAUGACCAAUGGCAUACGUGGCUGUUUUCCCAAGGAGUACUCCACCUGCAUAGCUUCUGGGGAAUAUACAACCUUUGAUAAAAAGAAAAUAGAUUUUAUGGGCACAUGUAGCUACCAGCUGGUCGGUGUAACAUCACAGGAGCCGUCGCUGACCCAUUUCACAAUCAAGAUUCAGAAUGACCACCGUGGAAACAAAGCUGUGUCCUUCCCCAAAGAAGUCACAUUGGAGGUGUACAACACAAAUAUAACUAUGAGUAAAGACCAUCCACAACAAAUAAAGGUCAAUGGCCGCAUUGUGGACCUCCCCUACAAUUCUGAGUCUUCAAAUAUCAUAGCCUACAUAUCGGGAUCUAAUGUAAUGAUCAAGACAAAGUUUGCCUUGACUCUGACUUUUGAUGGAAUGAGCUAUGUACGUGUUAUACUACCAAGCACCUACAAGGCAGCUGUAAAUGGCCUAUGUGGAAAUAACAAUGGAGACCCUAAUGAUGACUUCACCAUAAAAGAUGGUGCAGAAGCCAAAAGUCCAGAAGAAUUUGGAAAGCACUGGAAGGUGGAAGAUGUAGAAGGCUGUGAAGAAAUAUGUUCAGAUUGUCCCAAGUACAAUGAGAGAGAUAAGGAACCUUUUAAGAGUGAUCAGUACUGUGGACUUCUCAUUAAGUCUGAUGGGCCCUUCAGUCAAUGCCAUGAGUCUAUUGAUCCAACUCCUUUCUUUGAUGACUGUGUAUUUUAUGCUUGUGCGCACAAGGGUUAUCAAUCCAUUAUCUGUGCCAAAAUUGCAUCUUAUGUUUCUGAAUGUCAAAGAAAUGGUUCUAUGAUCAAGGAAUGGAGGACACCAUCUUUCUGUAAUCACACCUGUCCCCCUAAUAGUCAUUACAAACUCCUCGGAGAUGGAUGUCCUGUGACAUGUUUAGGUCUUAUGCCUCCACCAACCUGUGUUAAGUCUUUCACUGAAGGCUGUUACUGUGAUGAUGGCUUUGUAAGGAGUGGAGACGACUGUGUGCCUAUUUCAGAGUGCGGAUGUACUUUUGAGAAUGUGUAUUAUAAGUUGGGUCAAGAAUUCUUCCCAGAUAAUCAGUGCAAGAAGAAAUGUACAUGUGGGAACAAUGGCAUAACCACCUGCCAGAACCAUACCUGUGGCACCAAUGAAGAAUGCAAAGUGGUGGACGGCAUCCUGGGCUGUCAUGCUCAAGAACUUGGUCAAUGCAUAGCAUGGGGAGAUCCCCACUAUAUUACCUUUGAUAAUGUCUACUAUGCUAUGCAGGGCGCUUGUCAUUACACCCUUGUCAGGGUGAUAACAGAGCAGGUUAACUUUGUGGUGACAGUGGAAAAUGAGCCAUAUGGAAAUGUAGCUGUGACCAAAUCACUCACAGUGACCAUAGGAAAUCACGUCAUACACCUGGAGAGAGAAAGACCCUGGAGCAUUGAGGUCAACAAUGAAACAUACAACCUCCCAAGCCAAUACAAAAAACAUCAAUUCUGGAUCAACAAAGAAGGCAAUAAUAUAAUUAUUUACACCAGAUAUGGAAUUACGCUUCUGUACGACCAACAGUACUUUAUUUCAAUCUGGGUACCCAGCUCCUAUGCUGGACUCACUGAAGGCCUCUGUGGAAAUUACAACAAAAACACUAAAGAUGAGUUCCGCCUUCCAAAUGGCACCAUUGUCUCUGACCUGGCAGGGUUUGCAGAGUCCUGGACAGUGGGUGGACAGACAUCGAACUGUCGUGGUUGCACAGGAGAUCUUUGUUUUACGUGUGAUAAAGUGGCAACAUACGAGGCUGAGUCACCCACCAAAUGUGGCUUGAUAGUAGACCCUCAAGGUCCCUUUAAGGGCUGCCAUGCCUUGGUGCCUCCAGAAAUGUACGUCAAGAGCUGCGUGUUUGAUGUUUGUGCCAGUGGGUUUCAGCAGGAUGCACUGUGUGCCAGCCUACAAACAUAUGCAUCGCUGUGCCAAGAAAAAGGAGUCAAAAUAGGAACCUGGAGAGAUAUUGCUGGAUGCUCACUUACAUGUCCAGCCAACAGUCAUUAUGUGUUGUGUACCCGGACCUGUGACUUCACCUGUAACAGUCUUCUGGCUCCAAGCACUUGUAGUGAUAAAUGCUAUGACGGUUGUGAGUGUGACGCAGGAUAUUUGUUCGAUGGAGAGAACUGUGUGACACUGGAUACUUGUGGGUGUAACCUUAAUGGACGGUAUCUACAAGCCAAUGAAAGUGUGGUAAGUGAUGACUGCAGUCAGGAAUGUACAUGUAAUCCUGGUGUUGGAGUCAGAUGCCGUUCUAUGAGCUGCGCUGAGGAUGAGAGUUGUGAUGUUCUCGAAGGUGUUAAGACUUGUGUAAAGAAAGACCUUUGCAAGAUGAAAGCAUGUAAUUUAAAGGAGACCUGCCAAGUCAAAGAUGAGAAGGCAGUGUGUGUACCAGAUUUUACUGGCCUGUGCUGGGCAUGGGGGGAUCCUCAUUUCCGCACCUUUGACAAGAAAGAAUUCAGAUUCCAAGGCACCUGCAGCUACAUACUCUCAAAAUACAAUGGUAACGACCCUACUCUGGAACCAUACCAGAUCAUCAUAAAGAAUGAUAACAGGGGAACACAAGCUGGCUCUUUUGUCAGGAAGAUGGAUAUCACUAUGUAUGACACUGAAAUCAGCAUUGAAGUUGGAGAAUUCGGAAAUAUACGAGUUAAUAAAGAACUUACAAACUUGCCUGCAAGUCUAGCUAAAGGAAAAAUCACCAUAAGUCGCAGUGGACUGACGGCAAUUGUGGUGACUGAAAGUGGUGUGACCGCAAGUUUUGACUGGAAUUGGCAUGCCACAGUCGCCGUUCCCAGUAGCUACUAUAAUGCUGUGUCUGGUCUUUGUGGAAACUUCAACAAAGAUCCAAAUGAUGAUCAACAAUCCCCCAAUGGAACCCUAAUAGACUCCACUGUAGACUGGGCAGCUUCAUGGAAAAUCUAUGACCGAGAUCCAUUCUGCUUUGACUCUUGUCCAGGUGAAUGUCCAACCUGUGAAGAAAACAAGAAGAAACUUUAUAAUGGAGAUGAAAAUUGUGGCAUUCUGUUCAAAAGUGAUGGACCUUUCCGAGAGUGCAUCCCAAAAGUCAGUCCAAAUAAUUUCUUUGAUGGUUGUCUCUAUGAUGCCUGUAUGAAUGAUGGAGCUAAAGUCAUUGUUUGUGAAGCUCUGGAGUCAUAUGCAAGCACAUGUAUGAGUCAAGGAAUAAAGAUAUAUGACUGGAGAACACCUUCUGAUUGCCCAAAAAUAUGUGAAGAUCUAAACAGUCACUAUAACGCCUGUGGAAAUGCUUGCCCUGCCACUUGUACCGACAUAGAUGCUCCAGAAAAAUGCACAAUACCCUGUAUAGAAACAUGUGAAUGCAAAAGGAACAUGGUUCUCAGUGGUAAUACAUGUGUUCCAGUCACAAGCUGUGGAUGUCAAUAUAAUGGCAGAUAUUAUGAUCCUCACCAGACUUGGUACAAUGAGAAAUGCAAUGUGCAGUGCAAAUGUGACCCAGAUCUAGCCCAGGUGGUCUGCCAGUCAGCCAGGUGUCAGGAGGGUGAGACAUGCCAGACUGUCAAUGGGAUACAAGGCUGUUAUCCUACUGAUUAUUCCACCUGCAUAGCCAGUCAUCCUCAUUAUACCACAUUUGAUAAAAAUAAAGUAUACUUUACCGGUACCUGUAUUUAUCAGCUGGUCAGUGUAACAUCAGAGAACCCAUCACUGACCAAUUUCACUAUCAAAGUUCAUAAUGACCAUCGUGGUAACAAAGCUGUGACUUUCACCAAAGAUGUCAUAUUGGACGUUUACAAUACCACUAUAACCAUGAGUAAAGACCACCCGCAACAGAUCAAGGUUGAUGGCUGCUUUAUGAACUUACCCUACUAUUAUGAUUCGAGAAAGCUCAUUUUCUAUAUUUCCGGAGCCCAUACAGUACUCAAGACAGAUUUCGGCAUGACCUUAAGUUAUGAUGGCUCGAGUUCUGUAAUUGUACAGCUGCCAGAAACUUACAAAUGGGCUGUCAAUGGUCUGUGUGGAAACAACAAUGGAGACCCUGAAGAUGACUUCCUCCUACAAAAAGGAACAGAAGCCAGAAGUCCAGAAGAAUUUGGAACACACUGGAAGGUGGCAGAAGUAGAAGCAUGUGAAGACUCAUGUCUAGAUUGCCCCAAGUGCGGUGAGGCUGAUAAGGAAGUUUACAAGAGUGACCAGUAUUGUGGACUUCUCAUCAAACCUGAUGGACCCUUCAGUCAAUGCCAUGAAUCUAUUGAUCCGACUACUUUCUUUGAUGACUGUGUAUUUGAUGCAUGUGCAUACAAAGGACUUCAAUCUUUUAUCUGUGCCAGCAUUGCAUCUUAUGUUUCUGAAUGUCAAAGAAAUGGUUCCUUGAUCAAGAAAUGGAGGACACCAUCUUUCUGUGAAUUCACCUGCCCCCCUAAUAGUCAUUACAAACUCCUCGGAGAUGGAUGUCCUGUCACCUGUUUAGGUCUUAUGCCUCCACCAACCUGUGUUAAGUCCUUCACUGAAGGCUGUUACUGUAAUGAUGGCUUUGUAAGGAGUGGAGACAAAUGUGUGCCUAUUGCAGAUUGCGGAUGUACUUUUGAGAGUGUGUAUUAUAAGUUGGGUCAAGAAUUCUUCCCAGAUAAUCAGUGCAAGAAGAAAUGUACAUGUGGGAACAAUGGCAUAACCACCUGCCAGAACCAUACCUGUGGCACCAAUGAAGAAUGCAAAGUGGUGGACGGCAUCCUGGGCUGCCAUUCUAAAGAGCUUGGUCAAUGCAUAGCAUGGGGAGAUCCUCACUAUAUCACUUUUGAUAAUGUCUACUAUGCUAUGCAGGGCACCUGUCACUACACCCUUCUCAGUGUGAAAAGAGAACAAGUCAACUUUGUGGUGACAGUGGAAAAUCAGUCAUAUGGAACUGGAGCCAUCACCAAAUUUGUAACAGUAACCAUAGGAGAUCAUGUUAUAAACUUGGGGAGAGACAGAUCCUGGAGCAUUGAGAUCAAUAAAGAGAAGUUUAAUGUCCCUUACCAAUCACAAAAACAGGAUUACUGGAUAAACCAAGAAGGAACUAAUAUUAUCAUUCAGACAAUAUAUGGCUUUAAGGUGCUAUUAGACCAGCAAUACUAUGUUUUAGUCUGGGCACCAAGCUCAUACGCCGGACUUACUGAAGGCCUCUGUGGCAAUUAUAAUAAGAACUCUACAGAUGAAUUCCGCCUUCCAAAUGGCACCAUUGUCACUGAUUUGCCUUUAUUUGCUGAAUCCUGGAUGGUAGGCAGAGAUGGAGCAAUCUGCAGAGGAUGCUCUGGUAGUCAAUGUCCUACUUGUUGGGGAUCUGCAGCCAUUGAAGCUAAUUCUUCCACCAAAUGUGGAAUGAUUGCAGACCCCCAAGGUCCAUUUAAAGACUGUCAUGCCUUUAUACCUCCAGAAAGAUUUGCAGAGAGCUGUGUAUUUGAUAUUUGUGCUGGACGAGGUGGUCAAGAUGCUCUGUGUGCCAGUCUAAAAGCCUACACAGCCCUGUGCCAAGAAAAAGGAGCCAGAGUUCAAUCUUGGAGAAAUGUUGUUGGCUGUUCAUUCACAUGCCCAGCCAACAGCCACUAUUCUCCAUGUAUGAAGACCUGUGGCAUCACCUGCUAUGGCCUCCUAGCUCCAAGCACCUGCACUAACCAAUGUUAUGAAGGUUGUGAGUGUGACCCAGGAUAUGUAUUUGAUGGAAACAGCUGUGUAACAAUAGACCAAUGUGGAUGUUUGCAUGAUGGACGGUAUCUGAAGGUAAAUGAAAGUGUGCACAAUGAGGAAUGCAGUCAGAAAUGUACUUGUGAUCCCAAACUGGGUCUUACCUGUUAUAACUGGACUUGUGCCAGUGAUGAGAAAUGUCAACUCCUGGAUGGUGUAAGAUCUUGUGUCAGCACAGACCCUUGCAAGAAAAAGAUGUGUCGUUUGAAGGAGACCUGUAAAGUUCAAGAUGACAAAGCAGUCUGUGAACCAGAUUACACUGGACUGUGCUGGGCAUGGGGAGAUCCUCAUUUCCACACCUUUGAUGGGAAAGACUUCAACUUUGAGGGCACCUGCAGCUACAUCCUUGCUAAAUACUCUGGUGAUGAUCCCACCCUGGAACCAUUCCAGGUCAUCAUAAAGAACGACAACAGGGGAAGUCAAGCAGCUUCUUUUGUCAGGAAGACAGAUAUCACUAUGUAUUGCACAAAAAUCAGUGUUCAAGUGGGCGAAUUCCCUAAAAUUCAAGUGGAAGAAGAGUUAACAAACUUGCCUGUAAGUCUAUGCGGUGGGAAAAUGAAUGUCAGUCGUAGUGGAUUGACGGCUGUUAUUAAGACAAAAUCUGGCGUGGUUAUAACUUUUGACUGGAAUUGGCAUGCAACAGUAACUAUUCCUAGUAGCUACCAUAAUGCUGUUUCUGGUCUUUGUGGAAAUUUCAACCAAGAUCCAAAUGAUGAUCAACAAUCCCCUGAUCAUACACUAGUCAACUCCACCAUAGACUGGGCAUCUUCAUGGAAAGUCUACGAUCGAGAUCCAUUCUGUUUUGACUCUUGUACUGGCCAAUGUCCAACCUGUGAACAAAGAAAAAAGAUCAUUUAUGGUGGAGAUGAUAAUUGUGGCAUCUUGUUCAAAAGAGAUGGACCUUUCCGAGAAUGUAUUCCCGAAGUCAGUCCAAAUAAGUUUUUUGAUGCUUGUCUUUUUGAUGCCUGUAUGAAUGAUGGAGCUAAAACUUUCCUUUGUCAAACUCUGGAGUCAUAUGCAAGCAGAUGUAUGAGUCAAGGAAUAAAGAUCUAUGACUGGAGAACACUUUCGAGCUGUCCUAAGGUGUGUGAGGAUAAGAACAGCCAUUAUAACGCUUGUGGCAAUGCUUGUCCCGCCAGUUGUUCUGACAGAAAUGCCCCAGCAAAGUGCACAAAUCCCUGUAUAGAAACAUGUGAAUGCAACAAAAACAUGGUCUUCAGUGGGAACACAUGCGUCUCCAUCUCCAGCUGUGGAUGUCAAUACAAUGGCAGAUAUUUUGAGCCUUAUGAGUCCUGGCUUAAUGAGAAAUGCAGUGUUCUAUGCAAAUGUGACCCAAUACUUGGAAUCAUGAAUUGUCAAGAGACAAGCUGUAAAGAUAGUGAGACAUGCAAGGUGGUCAAUGGGAUACGUGGCUGCUAUCCUACUGGUUAUACAACUUGUGUUGCCUCUGGGGAUCCCCAUUAUCAGACAUUUGACGGGAGAAGAAUUCCAUACAUGGGGAGCUGCAUUUAUCAGCUGGUAAAGGUGACAUCCAACGACUCUUCCCUGGCUAAAUUCACAAUCAACGUAGAGAACGAUCACCGAGGUAACAAAGCUGUGUCCUUCACCAAGAGCGUAAUACUAGAGGUUCACAACAAGACAGUGACUAUGAGCAAAGACCACCCACAACAGAUCGAGGUUGAUGGACACCUAACAGAGUUACCUUACUAUCACUUCAAAGAGUCAAGAGCUCAGAUUACUGCCCACAGUACUGGAUCCGCGGUAAUUCUGAAAACUGAUUUUGAACUCAUGGUUAUGUACGAUGGUUGGAACUACCUUCGUGUGGUUAUGCCCAGCACCUACAAAGGGGCUGUUAAUGGCUUGUGUGGUAAUAACAAUGGCGACCCCUCCGAUGACUUGACAACUGGUGAUGGUAAAAUAUUGAAAAGUCCAGAAGAGUUUGGAAAACACUGGAAGGUGGGAGAUGUGGAUGGAUGUACAGGUGAAUGCCUUGACUGUCCCAAGUGCAGUGAAGCUGACAAAGAAUUCUUCAAGGGAGGCCAGUAUUGCGGACUUCUCAUGAAACCAGAUGGACCAUUCGGUCAAUGCCAUGAGUCUAUCGAUCCAACUCCUUUCUUUGAAGACUGUGUAUUUGAUGCAUGUGCUUACAAAGGUCAUCAGUCUGUUGUUUGUGCCAGUAUUUCAACUUACAUCUCUGAAUGUCAAAGAAAUGGUUCUCUGAUCAAGGAAUGGAGGACACAAUCAUUCUGCAAGUUGAUAUGCCCCAGUAACAGUCAUUAUGAGCUCUCAGGAAAUGGAUGUCCAUCCACCUGCUAUGGACUCAUGUCUCCAUUAAUCUGUGAAAAAUCUCCUACAGAAGGAUGCUACUGUGAUGAUGGCUUCAUACGGAGUGGACAAGACUGUGUGCCUGUUGCAGAAUGUGGCUGUGUUGUUGACAAUACAUAUUAUAAAUUGGGUCAAGAAUUCUUCAGAGAUGGCCUGUGCCAGAAGAAAUGUAUAUGUGAGACCCAUGGAAUUACCACUUGCCACAAUCAUACAUGUGGUGCUAAUGAAGAAUGUAAAACAAAGGAUGGCAUCUUGGGUUGUCAUGCUAAAGAGCUUGGCCAAUGCAUAGUUUGGGGAGAUCACCAUUAUAUCACCUUUGAUAAUCUCUACUAUGCUAUGCAGGGCACUUGUCUCUAUACCCUUAUCCGAAUGAAUAACAGUCAAGUUAUCUUUGAAGUCACAGUGGAAAAUGAGCCAUAUAGAAAUUUCACCGUCACCAAAUCCGUCGCAGUGACUGUAGGAAAUCAUGUCAUACGUCUGGAUAGGGGAAGAAUAUGGAGCAUUGAGGUCAACAGAGAGAAGUAUAAUAUUCCAUGUAAGUCACAAAAAAAGGAAUAUUGGAUAAACCAAGAAGGAAAUAAUGUUAUUAUUCAGACCAUAAAUGGCUUUAGAGUCUUGUUCGACCAGCAAUACUAUGUUUCAGUCUUGGUUCCCAGCUCAUACGCCGGACUCACUGAAGGCCUCUGUGGCAAUUACAAUAAAGACUCAAAAGAUGACUUUCGUCUUCCAAAUGGCACUAUCGCCACAGAUUUGUCUUUAUUUGCUGAAUCCUGGACAGUGGCCAGAGACGGAUCAACCUGCAGAGGAUGUUCUGGAAGUCAAUGUCCUACUUGUGGUGGAGCUGCAAAAACUGAAGCAAAUUCUCCCACCAAAUGUGGAAUGAUUGCAAACCCUCAAGGCCCAUUUAAGCACUGUCAUGACUUGGUAGCUCCAGCAAGAUAUGUUCAGAGCUGUGUAUUAGAUGUUUGUGCUGGACAAGGUGGUCAGGAUGCUCUGUGUGCCAGUCUACAAACCUACACAGCACUGUGCCAAGAAAAAGGAGCUAACGUUGAACCCUGGAGAACUAAUAUCAGCUGUUCCCUUUCAUGUCAAGCCAACAGUCAUUAUGAAAUGUGUACUCGGACCUGCGACUUUACCUGCAACAGUCUCUUGGCUCCAAGCACUUGUAGUGACAAAUGCUAUGAAGGUUGUCAGUGUGACUCCGGAUAUAUGUUUGAUGGGGAGAAAUGUGUUACAGUGGACAACUGUGGAUGUAACUAUAAUGGGAGAUAUGUGAAGGCAGGUGACUCUGUGGUUACAGAAGAUUGCGGACAGCGCUGCACCUGCCAGUCAGGAGUUUUUUCCUGUGUAAACUUAACUUGUUCAGAAAAUGAGAUAUGCCAACUGAGAGAAGGAGUGCGCGGUUGUCAGCCAUUGGAAUCUCAGUGCACCUUAAGAUCAAACCAUAACUUCAUUACUUUUGAUGGGGUCUCUGGACAAUUCCCACUGGAUGGAUCAUAUGUGAUGUCAUCGUCUUGUGGCAAAGAUGAAAAAAACCAGUUUAUGGUGGUGGUCGAGAUGAAGCAGUGUGGCAGUUCAAGAGAGGGAAAAGCUCUGCAAAUCUUCACAUCCCAAGGGCUUUUAUCUGUCAAUGGACAUCUAGACAUCUGGUUGAAUGGCUGGGAGCUUGAAGCCCCAAGAGAUCUUGGAAAUGGUUCCGUGAAGAUCCAGAAAUCUGAGUCUGAAACAACCAUACAGCUAUACAGUCAGAUAACAGUGAUAUUUAAGCGAAAUGGAGAAAUACAGAUAACUGCUAAGGAGCAGGUGUCUGGAAAGAUAUGUGGACCUUGUGGAAACUUUAACAGAGAUGCCAAUGAUGAUCUCAUUCUUAAGAGCGGUGAAGCCUCAGCAGACAUCUCGUUUACAGCCCGCUCUUGGAUUGCGAAACACUUGAGCCCAUGUUCGGUGUGAGUGAUUCCAUUUGAUCUUCAAAAAGAACCUGCUUUGCCUUCAUAUUGCAUAACAGCAACAAGAACCCAUCUUUAGAAUCCAAAAAAUUCAGAUCCAGCGAUUGUAUAUAACAGUAGAUGUGCAAUGGUUAGCGUGUGAAAAAAAAAUCAGACCAUAGAAUUGAGUCUUUUAUAUUGCCAAAUGUGUAAUAGAUUACGCCAAGAAUUUACCACAUAGAUGCUUAUUAUACACAUCUGUCCUUCCUAAUAAAAGCUCCUUGAA